UGGGGGGCGAAAAAGAGUGAGAGAUUGGGUUUGCUGGAGUGUGCAAAUUCUUUGUCGAUCGGAGUGAGAAUGUCAAUCUCCAAGGGGGUUCACGGUCCAAUUGUGAUUGAGGAACUUCUUUAGAUCGCGACGACGAUCGCAGUGACCUACGGGAUCAGUCCAAUGACAUUUGAACCGGUCGGACGUCGGGUGUGUGGAUAAAUGAUCUUUCUUUGCGAAAUUUCGCAACAUCUGUUCUCUCCGUGGACUGGGUUGGGACGUUAAUUAUAUUCGUUUUUCGGCAAAGCUGCGGAGCCUCAGAAGUGAAAUUGCAGUAAAAACAGAAAAAGAGACAAGCCCUCCAACAAAAGAGUGGUGUAGUUAUACAUCCGACAACGACGACGACGGGUAUCAACGCGCGGUGUGGUCAAAGCCUGAAUUGUUUUAAUUCGUAAAAUGUUUUCGGUGCUAACUACGUCCACCGGCCACGCUUGUGCAAUACUAAAGACAGCAAAUUAAGCCAGCCAACUUUGCCGUCCAGCAUGUCGGUGAGUGGAGGUUAAGUUGGACUGCCUGCUUGGAUCGGUGAUGGUGUGAUGGAUAUGGGAACUAUCCAAGAACAGCAAACUGCGAACAAAGGUGAAGUGAAGUUCUAGAAGAAUAACGAAGAAAAAAAUAAAUAGCGGACGACCAAAUCCACACAGGAAGACAUUCUCGAAAGAGAAUAGCUCCAAAUACGUGAACGGUGAACAGAGAAGAAUCAAGAGUCUGGAACAAAAUACACAGUUCAGCUGAAGCGCGAAAGGAAAAGGAAGCCAACAACGAAAAAGUGAACGAAGAAGAGUGGUGGGUGCGCGGGAGGACACGGUUCAAGAAUCUUUAAUGGAUUGGAGCAGGAAGAGGCCGAUUCAUGCAACAAAUUUCCUCUCACCAGCAUCAUCAUCAUCAUCAGCAGCAGCAGCAGCAGCAGCGGUGUUCUCAUCAUCAAAGUAACCCGUAGCUGAUUACCGGAGUUUAUUCUCAAGGGAGGCAGCGGACGAGGGGAAGUAUUGCAAUUGCCUUAUUCCCUCACGUCAUCCAUCACUUCUCCGGUUUGCUGGUUGAACCCCGGGCUGAAAAGUGUGCGACCGGUGAGUCCCAGUAGCACCGCAACCCGUCAUGGCCGAUUAUUGCAAUGCGAGAAACAACGGUGGCUGCGGCAGCACCAGUAUGGGAACUUUUCGACCGGGACCUGCGACUUCGCUGGCGGGCUAUCAUCACAACACCCUCACCCGGACGACCAAGAUCGCAGGGAACCUGUCGGCGGCCGAAGUCAAGGAACGCAUGGGAACGAUUGACGGUGGUGGUGGUGGCAGCGGUCAGAGGGUGCGCAUUGUGCGGUUGGCUCGACCGCAGAGCUAUCCCCAUGGGCACUUCAACGGGGGCGGCAACUUUGGAUUCUCGAUCCGCGGAGGGCUGGAGUACGGGACGGGGUUCUUCGUUUCGGCCGUCGAGAAGGACAGCGAGGCCGACCGGCAGGGAUUAAGGGUGGGCGAUCAGAUAAUUCGAGUCAACGGUUACCACGUGGAUGACGCAGUGCACCGGGAGCUGGCCCAGUUCGUGUCCUGCCAGGAGAGGCUUGUGCUGAAGGUUCGCAGCGUUGGAAUACUGCCGGUGAAAGAGCGCUCCGGGGAUCCGCUAACCUGGCACGUGGUUUCCGUCACCACCAACUCUGGACCCACCCCGAGCAGCGUCCACCCAACGACCAACGGCAACAGCACCAAAAAGCACCAGCACCGGGCCGAGCUGGAACGAACCAGCUGCAGCAGUAGCAACAGCAGUACCAGUACCGGCAGUUCCGGAACGCUAGAGGAACUUCCGGGUGGGCGGGAUCUGAAGGUGAUCCUCUCGGUGGCUCCUCGCACCAAGCUGGGCUGCGGAAUCUGCAAGGGCCCGGACUGGAAGCCGGGCAUCUUCGUGCAGUUCACCAAGGAGGGCGGAGUGGCCCGGGAGGCGGGCCUACGACCGGGAGAUCAGAUUUUGUCGUGCAAUGGGCGGGAGUUUGCAGACAUUACGUUCGCCGAAGCGGUUAGCAUAAUGAAGGCGUCGCAAGUGCUGGAGCUGGUGGUACGGCCGGGAGCCGGCAUUGACAUGUUCCCCGGCGAAUCGAGUGGCUACAACAGCAGUGCGAGCAGCGUCAACGGGGAUCAGAGUCCAUGCUGGGGGGAUUCAACGGCGAAGCGGCUGAGCAUCGUGCGGGAGGAAUCGAUUUCGAAGGAUCGGCGACUGGGGCAGCAGAAGAUGGCAUCAAAGACGGCUGUGAACGGCCACCGGCGAAACAAUACGACGAUUAUAGAGUUUUCCGAAAACGGCACCGUGGUCAAUAGUACGCUGAUUUCGGGGGAUGGUGGCAAAAAAGAGGUGGACGACAAAGACGGUAGCAACAAAUUGGCGGACAUAUGUUUCGUUUCUAAGCAAAGCGAAACGAAAACGGUCAUUGUUGAAGUUCACCGAAGCGCGUCAACGAAUUCGAUCGCGGCAGGUUCUCCACCCUCGUCGUCCAGCGGUAAUAGCACUGUCUCUUCAGGGUCAACCUCAAACAUACCGCCUCCACCGCCGCUGUUUGCGGACAAAAUUCCUCCACCGCCUCCACCGAGCAGUGGCCUUAGCAGUGGCUAUUCGACCACCAACAGCACCAAAUAUGGGGUAUUGGGCGCCAUCGGUGGCCAGCAACAGCAGAGAAGCCUUUCGUCGGUAAGUUUGGCUGAUUCCAGUGCUAGCAGUGGCAUCGAUUGUGGGUCAACAGGUGGUGGCAUCGGAGGGCUGGGAAAUGCAAUUUCAGAGGAACUGAAGCGAAGAGCCGAGAAGAAGGGCACACUGAUGUCGUCGGCUGCGGAGCCGGCCGCAGCGCUAACCGAACUGGAAAAUAGGUUAAAAGAAAAGCGAUUCAGGCCACCAAACUCGGGGAGCGACGCGGCACGGCACACCGCACUGAUGGACGAGUUCAGGGCGGUGCACAAGCGUAUGUUCAAGAACGGAUUCGACAAUGUGGAACUCAAGAAAUCUUCAUCCAAAGACAAGUUACCGAUCGAGGUUCGACCACCCGGGGCCACAACCACAACGAUCAACCAGGGUUCACCUGCACCCGGCAGCAGCGGCAGCCAAAGCAAGGGAACCAUGGGUCGGGUGGCAGCCUCCGAGCUGGCCAAAGCCAACGGGGACACCGCCGAGCUGGAAUCGAUCGAAUCCUUCCAGAUGACCAACCCGCAACCGGCGGCUGUGCGGCCGCCGUCAUACUACUUCUGCCCGCAGAACACCGGUCCGCCGACGAUGAAAAAGUCCCAGAAACCGAUUGCAGUUACCAUCAGCGAGUACAUCGGCGGCGGAGGUCCGGAUCAACCAAAGAAGCCGACACGGAUCGAUUUCGGUGCCGCCGGGGGCGAUUCGAUCGGAAGUCUGAAGUACGAGCUGGAAAAGACGCUGUCACUGUCCAAUUUGCGGCAGCGAAGCGAAUCGAGGGAGGAUCUGGUCGAGAGGAUCCAGAUCGGGUGCGGUCAGCAGGAGCAAGGGGGCAAACUGAGCCGGAGUUCGUCGGUGGCGAACGGUGUGGGUCGGAGCGGAUCGUCAGCGACGACCGUUUCCAACGGCAACCGGAUUACGAUUGCCAUCUCGAAUGGCGCCGAUAAGAAGUAGGCGGAAGGGUGUGGUGAGUUUUGUCUGCGAGAUUUGUGUGUUUGUAUGUAUGUUUGUAGGUGCAUGUGUAGAUGUGUUGAAUCGAGAUUUGUAUUUUUAGUCUUGUAAGGUUUGAAAUUUUCGUUUUGCUGGAGAUUAUUGGAAAGAUCAAGAUAACUAUUCCAUUUUUUUUUGUCACAGUGUAUAGAUAGGACGUAUUGUAAGACUAGUGGUAAAUUUACUUUGUACAGUCAAAGUAAGUCGUGUUUUGUGUAAUCUAUGUGGAAAAUAUGCUCAAAACCAUCAUUAUAUGCGAAAGAUGUAUUUAUGUUUAUAUAUGAACGUA